AACUCGUUAAGUCGAUUAUGUCCAACGUUCCAAAGGCAGACAGUUAUUUGGAGAGACAAGAGCAUGGUUCAACUCUCUCCGAAUUCAUCCAAUCCUUCGAGGAACAAUACAACAUCAGCAUCCAAGAACUGAUUGAUCUUGCGAAAACUAAUGCUGCCACCACCAAAAAGAGCACAAUGUCCAGUGAAAUUCAAGAAAAACUGGAUAUUUUAAAGAAGCAAGAUGAUCAACUCCGUGAUGCUCUUGACGAGGAGCUGAAAUUUCUUGGAAAUGAUGAUCCACAGGAGCUUGCUGGUACCAAUAAGGAAGUUACAGUGGAUGAUGCCUUGAAGUCGCCCGAAGCAUCUGAUGAUUCGGAGUCAGAUGCAUCCGACGAAUCAGAGUCAGAAUCUGAAUCCGAGGAUGAAUCGGAGUCGGAGGGUUUUGACGAAUCUGAAGAUGAAGAGGAAGUACCAAAGGAGACGGGUACAUAUGCCUUUGAAUCAAAGCCCGAAGCUUUAGAUGAUUCGGAGUCAGAAGCCUCCGACGUAUCAGAAUCUAAAGAUGAAUCGGAGUCAGAGGGUUCCGACGAUUCUGAAGACGAAGAGUAUGUAGAAGAGACGUGUACAGAUGCCUUGAAUCAAUUGGAACCAGAGUCCGAUGCGGCUGAUGAAUCGGUGGAAGAAGAGGAGGAGGAAGACGAGGAUUCCGAUGAUUCCGAUGAUUCCGAUGACUCCGAAGAAGAGGAAGCAGAAGGAUCAACCGCCCAAGCUCCAGCAGAAAAAGCAAAUUCGAGCACAACCACGACCGACCAGAACAUAGGAGAGCUAAGCGACAUGGAAGUCGCGGGACUUGUGCUCUUAGGGAUUUUGAUGAUUUUACUAAUGGUCUUUUUUUAAUUCAUUGGUUUUUGUUUGAAUUUGUUUGAAAUUGUUUUGUUUUCAAAGUUUCCAUGUUUUUGUUCAAUCAGCAAUAAAUAUGC